AUGCAUCGUUGUUGUACUGAAGCAUUAGAAGCUGGCCGGAAGCUUUAUCAACAAGCAUUGAGAAAGUUUAGAAAAAAUGAUGCGGAAAAUUUCGAUUCAGAUGAACGUACCGCACUCAGUCAGUCAGCUGAACGUAUUCCGGAAUCUGUUGAUGAUGAAUCAUCGUCUGCUGUACGGCUUUCUCGUCGAUCUUCCCUCCUUGUCGAUUUAAUUUCACUUUUUCAACGAUCUUCUUCGAACACUGUUAAACCAAUUCGUCUUCCUGGACAGUUCACUGGAACACAGGAUGAAAAUGAGGAAGAGGAAGAAGAAGAUCCGAAGCAGAUGUCAAAAGGAUGGGUACUGGAAACGAUACGUCAAAAAAAGGAAGCAAUUAUCCGUUUACGAAGUCAACCGUGGAGUAUGAAGCGGAAAAGACGUGCCCUAAAAGUAGCAAGACGAUAUCUAAAACGUCAACAAUCAAAAGUAUCACGAUGGCAUCUGUAUAAAGUAGAAGCAACCAGGCAAUGGACAGCAUUUGGCCGUUGGUGUAGUAAUAUGAAAAUUUAUUUAAUACCAUGGGAAGCAAAAAUUAAAACAAUCGAGAGUCAUUAUGGUUCUGUAGUUUCAUCUUAUUUUACAUUCUUACGAUGGAUUCUUAGUGUAAACAUUACUAUGACAAUAAUAAUGAUGUUGUUUGUUACCAUUCCAGAGUGGUUAGCAGAUUCUCGAGGUGGUCCAGAACGAUUUAAUCGAACGUAUCAUAUUAAAGUUAUGAAAGAGAAAGAUAUACCACGAGCUGAUGAGUUGAAUACUGUUCUUGAUUUUAAAGGCUAUUUCGAGUAUUCAUUGUUAUUUUAUGGCUACUAUAGCAGUGAGACAUAUUUCGGUGAUACGGUGCAAUACAGUGUACCUGUUGCAUAUUUUAUUGUAAAUUUAUUUAUUCUCGGUUACAGUUUCUUUAUUAUCUUACAAAAGAUGGCAUCAAAUGCUCGACAAAGUAAGCUUGCCGGUGGUAAAGCGGAACAAUAUGUAUUUAACUGGAAAUUAUUUGCCGGUUGGGAUUACUCAAUCGGAAAUGCGGAAACUGCUUCGAACUUUGUAAUGGCUAAUGUUAACAAAUUUCGAGAAAUAAUUGCUGAAUACAAUGUAAACCGUACAAAAAAAUUCGACUUUCUUCAAUUUACUCUUCGUGUCUUAGCAAAUAUAUUAGUGUUUGCGAUGCAAGCUGGAUCAGUAUGGGCUAUUCUUGCUGUUAGUCAAAUUACAACAAAGACAAGUUUCAUACAGCGGAAUGCUGUAUCAAUAACGGUCUCAUUUAUCACUUUAACAUUUCCAAAUUUUUUCGAUCUCAUCAGUAAAAUGGAACGUUAUCAUCCACGAACUGCUCUUCGACUACAAUUAGGAAGGGUUUUAUUCCUCUACAUAUUGAAUUAUUAUACUCUUAUUAUUUCAUUGAUGUUCAUGUUGAAUACAAUGGAAAGUCAACGAAACGUUGGUGAACGUCUUAUUCCGGUUGCACAGUAUUCUUCCGAUUAUCAUCAUAACAAGGCACCGGUUUACAACACUUCCUAUAAUCAAUUUAUUAAACAACGAACUGGUCGUCAAGUGGUAUUCGAUUUUCCAUCUGUUGCAUCAUCACUUUUCAAUCGUAGUAAAUUCAUUGACAUUCCAACAACGCCAUCUCCUGGCAAAUCAUGGACAACUGUUUUUCCAAACUUUGGCCCACUUGGUAUCACAAAUCCAAAAGCUGUUGUAAGUGAAAAUCGACGUGGUAUUAUGAAUGCAAGUACGUUUGUUGCAUAUCCAAUUGGUAACACUGAUUGGACAAAAAAUAUUUCCGCUAAACCAACAUUUCUAAAUUAUUCCACUACCGUACAAGCGGUUUUGUCAGCAGCUCGUUUGUCCACGGAUUGGUAUGAGGAAUGUUGGGAAAAUCUUAUCGGAGAGGAAAUAACAAAAUUGGUGACAACUGAUUUGGUAAUGACAAUUGCAUCCAUUUUGGUGAUCGAUUUUUUUCGAGCUCUUUGGGUUCGAUACACCAAUAUUUGGUGGUUUUGGAAUUUGGAAACAACAUUUCCAGAAUAUGGUGAAUUUAAAGUUGCUGAAAAUGUGUUACAUUUGGUAAAUAAUCAAGGAAUGAUAUGGUUGGGUUUAUUUUUUGUUCCUAUGCUACCAGCAAUUAAUAAUAUUAAAUUAAUUAUUCUAAUGUAUAUUCGAGGUUGGGCUGUGAUGACUUGUAAUGUGCCAGCUCGGCAAAUAUUUCGUGCUUCCAGGUCAAGUAAUUUUUAUUUAAUGCUAUUAUUGCUUAUGUUAUUUCUUUGUACACUUCCGGUUGGUUAUGUAAUCGCUUCAAAAAAACCAUCUAAAAUAUGCGGUCCAUUUGGAAGUCAAGAACGUUUCUAUAGUGUAAUUGUUCAAUUGCUUGAUCGUAAUUUAACAAAAGGUCUUGUUGAUGCGAUCAGAUAUAUGAUAUCACCGGGUAUUGUUAUUCCAGUUUUAUUACUUCUUCUUUUAACAAUAUAUUUCCUUUUUGCUCUGGUACGUGGUUUACGUGAAGCAAAUACGGAUCUCACCAAACAAUUAUUACAUGAAAGAACAGAAGAAAAAAAACGAAUUUUCGAAUUGGCUGGUGGUGGAAAGAAACGUCAAAUUUCUAAUAAUCAAGAAAUUCAACAUUCUUCUUUAAUUGCCAGUGAUAGUAAUAAUACAACAAAUAAAACUAAUAAUAUUUUGGAGGAUGAAAUUUUAUCGGAUAAAUCGCAUAAAAGAAGUAAUAAGGAUUUACACAGUUAUGUUCCCUCAUUAAAAAGUGUUAGCGAAGCGGAACAUUCGGAAUCAGAAGAGGAAGAACCGGAACAGAAACUGAAAAAACAUCAAAAAGACGAUGAAAAAACCGAAAUGAUUGAAGUGAAACGUGGUUGGAAGCAAAAAAUUAUAACUUGGCUUGGUUUAAAUAAAAAUUCCAAUAGAGCAAGAAAAAAUCGUCUACGAUAUAAUCAAAAUGAUAUUGAAUCCGGAAAUGAAUCAUUCAUAUGUGCCGGAAAAUCAGCAACAUCGGAUGAUCAACGUUCGAUGACAUCCAUUACCGAAUCGUGUUUACAUAGCUGUCCUUCAUCAGAAAAAUUAAUUGGAGAAGAUGAUAAUGAAAUAAAAAGUAAUCGAAACGGUUUUUUCACUACUAAAAAUAAUGGAAAGCAAAUUAAAAAGCAAAUGGUAUUAGAAGAUUUAUCAGUACCACAAUAUCAUGAAACUUUAAUGGAACAGACUGUCUCAUUAAUUAAACCUGCAAAUGAUAAUAACAGUCAUCAAAUCCAAGAUCAACAACAUCAAAAUCACAAAUCAUUUGCAAACGAUGAUUCAUUCCAUCAAUCAUCAAAAGAAGUUGAAAAUCGAGAAUAUGAUGAUAUGUCAAAUGUAUCAGAUCCACGCUUCUCGUACGCCGAUCCAUACAGUAGUUAUACAAAUGCAAUGAUGUCACCAUUAAUGGAAAUGCAAACAUUAUCACCGACAAUAUAUUCUGAAAGUGAAAUAGAAGCAGAAGAUGAAUUUAAUGAAAUUACUGGUACUCUAAAACUGGAAGAACAUAAUAGGAACGACGAAGAAAAUAGAUAUGGCAAAUUAAAAUCAGAUUUAAGACAAAAAGUAGGACAAGAUGAAAUUGCCCAAGAAUUGAAGCCAAAUGAUACAAGUAUUGUUGUCCAUCCGGAAAUACAUAUUUCGGCAGCGAUAUCCGAUACUAAUACGGAAUGUAAAAAGAAAUUAAAUGAUGGAAAUCGAAAUUUGCCAAUGAGUAAAAUCAAUCCGCAAAUUAAAUUGGGUAAAGUGGAAGCACGAGUUUUUCUUCAUGAAGCAAAACCGAAAUGGCAUCAUUCGGAAGUGCUAGAAAGACCUCAGUUAUCAAGUGAUUCAGAAUCUCGAAUGGUUGUUGUUGGUGAUGAUCCAAGAUUGUACUAUACUGAUUCAGAAUGUGUCACAUCACAUGGAAAGCAUUUCCAAAGGCACAAAAAACCAAUCCAUUAUGCUAUACCAUAUUAUGCACGAGCAUCAAAUACUCAGGAAGCUGUUCAAACUGAUACCUUAUUGCAGCAAUUUUUGAUGCGAGUAAAUAUUAGUGAAGAUCGUUCCGGUAUACUGCCGAAUCGUUCACCACUAUCCCAUCAAUCUUUGCCAUUAUCAUCGUUAUCAACAUCAAAACAACAUCCGACACAUGCGACACAAUCUACAAUGAAUGAAGUUCAACAUACCUUAAAUCGACGACAGCUGUCACCUAGUGAAACAGCUCGAAUUCAUUGUAAACAUACUCUUGUAUAG